GAUAUGAAAAAUUUGAAUGCUUAUGAAUAUCUUCGUCUUCUUGCUAUAUAUAAGUAUCUUAAUACAAUUUUUAAUAAUGAAGAGUCUUACUCUUGUAUAAAAUUGAGUCUUGAAAUAUUACAACAAGUCUUUCAACGUGGUCCAUGGAUAGCACGCCAUAUUCGCGAGUGGUCAAAGAGUUGGAUUGCAACCGGGACUUUACCUGUCUCUCAACAAGAUUACAGAAAAUAUACACCAGCUUUUAUUGAUGAUGAGGACAUACAAAACUCUUGCUUACGUUUUAUUCUUACUAUGGGUGAAAAGAUAACUGCUAAAAAGUUUCAAGAUUAUGUUCAUAAAAAUGUUUUACCACAUGUUACUAGCUCUCACACUUCAAUUUUAUUAGAAACAGCUCGAAAAUGGCUUCGCUGUCUUGGUCUUGUAUAUCAGCAGCAUCGACAAGGAAUCUACUAUGAUGGGCAUGAAUGUUCUGAUGUUGUACAACAUCAUACAAUAUUUCUUGAUAAAAUGAAAAUUUUUGAGUCCUUAAUGCCGCAAUUUGUUGGCGAAAAUAUGGAAAUCAUAAUUAAUCCUGAAAUAAGCGAAGAAAAUAAAAGUCACAUUUUUGUUACUCAUGAAGAGUGUAUUUUUUAUGCUAAUGAUAGUCAUCCUUCAGUAUGGGCUCCUCUUGGUAUGCCUCCACUACACAAAAAAGGAAAGAGUAAGGCAAUUAUGGUCUCGGAAUUUUUAACUGAAACACAUGGUCGUCUUAUGAUUACUUCUGAAGAAAUGAAUGAAUUGAGCCUACUGUCAAUGUUUUCACAAGAAGCCCGUAUAAUUAUCAAGCCUGAAAAAAAUGAUGAUGGCUGUACUAAUCAUGGUGCUUUCGCAAGUGAUGCAUUAUGUGCUAAAAAUAUGAACCUUUCUCCUAGUGGUAAACAGUCAAGAUUAUGUGAUGGUUGGUUUAUUAAUGAACAAGAUCUUCCUCCUGAUGAUCCUAAUUAUAUCUUCCAUGAUGAACCAAAAGGUAUUCGACAAGUACUUCGUGAGCAUAAUUUAUAG